UAAAGGGUAUAUAAGCACAUGCUCUCCUUUCAAUCUUCCUAGCAGUUUUGAGCAGUUUUGCUCACAUCAUAAUCCGUAACCAUGAAGUGGUUAACGUUAAUUUCAUUUAUUUUCCUCCUAAGUUCUGCCAGAUCCAGGAACCUGCACAGAGCUGCACGAGAUGCAGACCACAAGAGUCAGAUUGCCCAUCGCUACAAUGACCUGAAGGAAGAGACAUUUAAGGCAGUUGCCAUGAUCACAUUUGCCCAGUACCUGCAGAAGUGUUCCUACGAUGGACUGUCUAAGCUGGUGAGGGAUAUUGUCGAUUUGGCACACAAGUGCGUGGCCAACGAGGAUGCUCCCGAGUGCACAAAGCCACUGCCCACCAUUUUCCUGGACAGAAUCUGCCAAGUUGACCAGCUCCGUGACUCCUACGGUGACAUGGCUGACUGCUGUGGGAAGGCUGAUCCCGAGAGAAACCAGUGCUUCCUGUCCUUCAAAGUUCACCAGCCAGACUUCAUUCCUCCAUACGAGAGACCUGCUGCCGAUGUGAUUUGCACCCAGUACCAGGACAACCGGGUGGGACUGCUGGGAAAUUUUGUCUACACUGUUGCAAGGAGAAACCCCUUCCUGCACGCCCCAGCAAUCCUGGGUCUGGCUGCUGAGUAUGAAAAUGCCCUUAAAAGCUGUUGCCCAGAGAGUGAUGUUGGUGCUUGCUUGGAUGAAAAGGCAUCUGUCAUCAAGGAGAGAGCCAAGCUGAUAGGGGUGCAGCAGCAGCACGGGUGCCGCAUCCUCGAGAAGUACGGCGAGAGAACCUUCCAGGCAAACAAACUUGCUCGCUUAAGCCAGAAAUACCCCAAGUCUCCAUUUGCAGAAGUCGUCAAGAUGGUCCACGAUGUGAAGGAUGUCUACAAAGAGUGCUGCGAAGGGGACAUGGUCGAGUGUGUGGAUGACUGGUCAGAGCUCGUGAAGUCUUUGUGCUCUAAACAAGAUGUUUUCUCAAGUAAACUCAAACCCUGCUGCGAGAAGCCAGUUGUGGAACGGACCAAGUGCAUCAUGGAAGCAGAUUUUGAUGAAAAGCCUGACAAUCUUCCUUCACUGGUUGAAAAAUACAUUCAGGAUAAGGAAGUGUGUAAAAGCUAUGAGGCAGGCCACGAUGCAUUCCUGUCAGAGUUUGUCUAUGAAUAUUCACGGAGACACCCUGAGCUCUCCACAACAGUGAUUCUGAGGGUUGCUAAGGGAUAUGAAACACUCCUGGAUAAGUGCUGCAAGACAGACAACCCUGCUGAGUGCUACGCAAACGCUGAAGAGGAACUGAACAAGCACAUCAAGGAAACUCAGGAGCUUGUGAAGACAAACUGUGACCUUUACAAUACCCAUGGCGAGGCAGACUUCCUUAAAGGAAUUCUGGUCCGCUACACUAAGAAAAUGCCCCAAGUAUCAACGGACACCUUGCUUGAAAUUGGGAAGAAAAUGACAGCUGUGGGCACCAAGUGCUGCAGUCUGCCCGAGGAGAAGCGCCUGUCUUGUUCUGAGCACUACCUGAGCAUCGUGAUUGAAAAAAUGUGCAAGAAGCAGGAGAGCACACCCAUAAAUGACCAGGUUACACACUGCUGCAACGAGCUGUACUCUUACAAGAGACCAUGUUUCACUGCCAUGGGCGUAGACACCAAAUAUGUGCCUCCCCCGUUUGACCCAAUGAUGUUCAAUUUUGAUGACAAGCUGUGCAGCGCUCCUGCUGCCGAGCGGGAAGAAGGCCAGCUGAAAUUGCUCGUCAACCUCAUCAAGCGCAAGCCCCAGAUGACAGAAGACCAAAUAAAGACAAUUGCUGGGGGUUUCACUUCCAUGGUGGACAAGUGCUGCAAGGCAGCAGAUAUUGACACGUGCCUCGGGGAAGAGGGUGCAGCCCUAAUAGUCCAGAGCAGAGCCAUAUUGGGAAUUGGUGCUUAACCCAAGGUUGCCAGCGGGAAAAAUAUGAAGAAAAAAAUCCCUUCUGUGUAACAUCUCCCACCCCUUACCCUUUGUCCUUCAGUACUGAGUGAAUAUUUCAUGAACCUUCUGGUUUUUGUCAAACUACGUGCUUUUCCAGAAACUUUUCAAUUCCUUUACUUUGGAAAAAAAAAAGAAAAAUAAAAGCUUUGUAAAACUGCA